AUGUCUGAUCUAUCGUUGACUCAGAUGACAUUCUCAUUGGUCACGGUGACACGCGUCUGCCUGACGAACGCCAUACUGACGGCCAAGGCAUCCACGGAUGCGGCGGUUGCACCGCGCCCGUGGCAUAGUUAUCUGCCGGUAGCGAGCACGCUGCCACCGAAACAUCCGCAAUACGUCGUCCACGUCGAUCACGCGAUCGGCAAUGAUCUGGAGCAGCCCGUAUUCCCCGGAGACUCGCGGCCGGAACGCUCGAGAGGACUCCAAUCGGCGUCGUCCUCGAGCAACCAUCAGCAGCAGUCGCGGACGAACAUCCUUCAGAGGUUCCCCACGGAAAUUCACCACGACGAAGUUCGGCUUACGGCGGAAGUGCCGUCGAACGCAUCGCCGUCGCUAUCGCCGCCGAUGAGAGCCACAACGACGACGGCGAAGACGACGACGAAGACGACGACAACGACGGCGUUAUCGAGACCACGAGGUAUCCGGGAAUAUCAGCGCGACGUACCUCGACGGUUCUCGUAUCAGGAUAUCGAAGAGCUCGACGGGUACCUGACGGAUGACCUGGAUGACGGUAAACUGCCGUAUCGUGGGAAAGCUGAGUCGACGUAUCAGCGUCGCAGGCCGCAAGACAUAACGACGGCCAUCAAGGCUCUCGAUCGCUUCCUGAACGAGGCUCUGAACGCCGACAGCUACAACAGCCAGCUACAUCUACCGCCCAAUCCUGUUUUAGCCCUCGUCCUGUCCCGAUACGGGCGCUACGUGCCUGGAACGCGAAACCCCCGCGUGUACGCGAACACGGCGGUGAACAAUAUGCACAACAACAAACCGUUCGGCAUUUACAAAUACGAGUGUGACGAACAGCCCAUUUAUGCGGUGAGAUAACGCGCUGCGAUUGUAACGAUGAAUUCGCCUUUGAAAAUGUCGUCGCACAAUAACGACCCAAGUCAGCAUUUUGA